AUGUCUUUUUUUGCUAGAAAUUACUAAAUUACAGGGUCCGUUCUUGCACCUUGCAGGAUCACAGGUGUAGGAAUUUAUCUUGAGGAGAAAGUGAAUUUCUCAGAAGCAAGUAAUGCAUGUAAUCAACUGAAUCUACAAUUGGCGAGUAAAGACCAAGUUGAGAAGGCUUUGAAACAUGGCUUUGAAACAUGCAGCUAUGGAUGGGUGAAAGAUGAAUUUGUUGUCAUUCCUCGGAUAACACCCAACAGGAAAUGUGGUAAGGGCAACACUGGACUGGUGCUAUGGUAUGCCGAACACUUUAGAACAUUUAAGGUUUACUGCUUCAAUUCCUCAGAUUUUCAGAUUAAUUCAUGUAAACCAGAUCCAACUACAACCAUACUACCUUCAUCAAGUGCACUAACGGACUUAACUGCAUAUUCAGGCUCUGAUUUGACUGAGAACAUCACAGCAGUGCCCACUGUGACUGAGUCAAAACGCUCCCUGAAAAAUAUAAAAUUCCGUGUAAUAUGUAUAACUGAAACUAUAUUACCAACAGAGGGGACUACUACAAAAAUGCCAGAGGAAUACUCACCGAUUGAGUCUCCAAACUACACUUCCCAUGCUGCCUUUAAGAAUGAUGCUAUUGUUUUUGGAGGUAUCCCCACUGCACUUCUUGUACUGGCAGUCAUCUUCUUCAUUAUUUCAGUUGUUCUAGCAGUCUGCUAUAUCAAAAAGUACAAGAAAACAUUCCCCUUUUCAAACAAGAAUCAGCAAAAAGAAAUGGUUGAAACUACUGCUCUCAAAGAGGCUAAGUCAAAUGACAAAACAUCUGAGAAGGAAACAAAGAAUAACGGAAAAAAGGUAGAAGAGUCUAAAACCAAGUCUGAGGCCACAGUAAAAUGUCUAGAAGCAGAAGUUUAA